AUAUACAACACAGCGUUCAGUCCGCCGGGGAAAUGCACACGAAGAAGAAGAAGUUGGUUGUCAGUCUGAGAGUAAAUAACCGUCAACUGGUCGCUGGCUGGAGAUUUCACGUUUAUCCUUGAAGGAAAGUACGUUGCAUUCGUGGUGAAUGAGUAGAUCUCUUGGGACGGUUUAAUUCCUCCGGUUAGGGGUGUUUUAAAACUAGCGGUAUGUUCGGGAAGAAGAAGAGGGCUCCUUUGCCAAAGGGCCAGGGCGCAGCUGCAGCCAAACAGAUGGGUUUGUUUGUGGACUUCAACCCAGAGGAGAUGACGCAGGACAUGGAUGAUCCGACCGUGGAUGAUGCUGAUCUAGAGGCAGAGUUAUCAGCUCUCACUGGGGGCAAGCCUGCUGGAGGGAGACUAAAGCAGAAAGCCCCCUUACCUAUGGAGAAUAUAGCCAGAAUGGCAGAGGAGUGUAUGAAGGAUAUAUACGAUGAUGAUGAUGAUGAUGAUGAUAACCUGGAAGAGGAUGAAGAUUUACUGGCUGAGCUGCAGGAAGUGGUGGGUGACGAGGAAACGGAGGAUCAUGUGACACCCACCUCCACGGAAGAGCCUCCGCAAUCCCCACCCCAGUUAGCUCCUCCUGCGGUACCCGGCAGUCUGCAGCACACCUUGGAGGAGAGACUGAGUAUGUACCGGACAGCUGUCGCCCACGCCAAGGCCUCAGGGGAAUCGUCUAAAGCACGGAGAUACGACAGAGGGAUCCAGAGCCUGGAGUCCAUGCUGGUCUCAUUGAAGAAGGGGAGGAAGGUGGAUGAGGCUGACAUCCCCCCACCUGUAGCUGGUGGAGCCCCAACCUCCACCGCCCCCCCACGACGUGCUCCUCCCCCUCCACCCUCUGGUCUUGAACCUGAACCGACACCUCCACAACAGCAGGGGGAGCCAGAGGCUGCUGCUCCUGCUGAAAUGUUACCCGUACCUGUCUCACCUGAGGCAGUAUCACCCAGCAGUGAGGAGGAGCUGUCUAUCUCCACCCUGGCCACUGUCAGCAGCCAUCCUAGCACUGAGGGAGAGGAAGAGACUGGACAGGCCAGCACAGUAGGCGAGGCCACGAAGGCGAUGCUGUUAGGCAGACAGAGAGAGUAUAAAGUGGCGGCUCUGAAAGCCAAGCAGCAAGGAGACAUGGAACAAGUCAAACUCUACUUCAGGACCAGCAAGAGGUUUGACGCGGUGAUCGAAGCAUUGGAGAAGGGGCAGGAGGUGGACCUGAGUUGCCUGCCACCCUCACUAUCCUCGGGGGUCAUCUCGGCCUUAUCUGGCCCAGAAAAAGAACCCGUUCCUGGACAGACCUCAAGCCCCAAUCCCCCUGCCUCCACACCUCCAGCCCCCUCUGCUGUCCCGGCCCAGCCUAAAGACGUUCUGGAGGCCCUGGAGCAGCGGAGAGACCGGUAUCAGGAGGCCUGCGCCCAGGCCAAAGCCAGCGGAGACGAGCGCAAGGCCCGCAUGCACGAGCGCAUCGCCAAGCAAUACCAGAGUGCCAUCCGCACCCACAAAGCAGGACGAGCUGUCAACUAUGCUGAGCUGCCUGUCCCCCCAGGGUUUCAUCCAAUCCCUGGCCAGGAGGGGGGGGCGGGAGCUGAGCAGGGAUUCGCUGCCAUGCUGGAGGCAGCCAAUAAGCUGGCAUCUGAGGAAACCAUAGUGACAGGAGAGGAGGAAGGAGAGAAUGAGGAGAGCAAGCCUCCUGUUCCUGAGAAGUUAAAGAAGCCCAUGUUGGCUGUUCCGCCCACGACCCAGAGGCCCAAGAGGAGCACCUCUCCCUCUGCAGACAGGACCCACCAGAGAGAGACCCUGUCUGCUACAGCGCUACAGCAGUUGGACUUUGUGGAGGGACGCAGGCAGCAGUACGUGAAGGCAGCGUUGCAGGCCAAACAGAAGAACGACAUGGACGCAGCCAGAACCCUGCUCCGUACCGCCAAGGGUCUGGAGCCGCUCAUCGACGCCGUCAAGGCAGGCAAACACCUCGACAUCAGCAAGGUGCCGUCGCCCCCUGGUGACGAGGAUGAGGACUUCAUCCUGGUUCAUCACAGUGAAGUCCAGAUCUCAGAGAAGGCAGAUGAGGUCUACACUCAACUGGCCAAGAUGCUCAAGGAACAGUACGAGAAGUGCAUGACUUAUUCCAAGCAGUUCACUCAUCUGGGUAACAUCGCUGAGACCACCAAGUUUGAGAAGAUGGCAGAGAGUUGUAAGAAGAGUCUGGAGAUGUUGAAGCUGUCCCAGUCGAAGAGACUGGACCCUCCUAAACAUCACUUUGAGGAGAGGACAUACCACACCGUCAGGAUCUUCCCAGAGCUCAGUAGUACAGAGAUGGUGGUGGUGGUCGUCAGAGGGAUGAAUCUGCCUGCUCCUUCAGGUAUAGCUACCAAUGAUCUGGAUGCCUAUGUCAAGUUUGACUUCCCCUAUCCCAGCACGGAACAACCCCAGAAACACAGAACGGCCGUGGUCAAGAACACCAACUCCCCAGAGUUCAACCAGGGCUUCACUCUGAACAUCAACCGGAACCACAGAGGCUUCAGGAGAGCGGUCCAAUCGAAAGGACUCAAACUGGAACUGCUACACAAAGGGGGUUUCCUGCGGAGCGACAAGCCUAUCGGGACGGCCCACAUCAAACUGGAGAAACUGGAGACCGAGAGUGAAGUACGAGAGAUAGUGGAGGUGAUGGAUGGCCGUAAGCCUACCGGAGGACGUGUGGAGGUCAGGGUUCGUCUGAGGGAGCCUCUGAGUGGACAGGACCUUCAGACAACCACAGAACGCUGGUUAGUUCUGGACCAGUCACAGGUUCUUCUCUAACUGCUGCUCAGCUGGGGACAACUAGGAACACUUUAAAAAGAUGAUAAACGCUCCCGUUGUCCUCUGAUGAAGAUUAUGACGGGAUGCUGAUGAAGAGGAGGAUGUUGUCGUGGCUGGCCUGUUUAGUCUUCCAGGGUUCUGGCAGUCCGACACAGUCAACACGGGUCUUUUUAGCUUGUAAACAUUUUGCACACAGAGUGAUGGAGCUUCUCUUCACUCUGGGGGUGGGGGGAAAUGGGCUCCAUGUUUAGCUAACCUUAAAAUAACAUUGUCUGGGAUUCAAACAAAAGGAGACUUCUCCAGGUCAUUAUUUCCCCCCCUGAGCUGAUUUCUGAGUCCUAGUUCUAUACCCUGCUGAUUUUGAAAGACAGCGACGUAGUUAGUCUCUCUCUCUAAUAUAUUAUUCACCUAUGCACUUAUUCUACCAAAGUAAUCACUGUUGCUGUACGAUGCUGCAUAUUUCAAUUGCCUUGAAUAUCUGCCCUACUGUUAAUGAUCACAAUAAUAAUGUGUGAUGAGAACUUGCAUUGCUCAAAAAAGUAAUUAUUUGCUACAAUGUUGGUUGUUGUUCCCAGGACUGUUUUGUUUCUAUUCACUGGCGCAGUUAUAGGGCAGGAUUCAACCCUGAUUUAGAUCCCCUGUUUUAGAGCAGCUUGACAUUGUUUUUGAAAGGGAAUGUGAUCCCCACAUACGUGGUGACAUUACCCUUUUUUU